UUCAAGAAAUUCUUAGGAUGAGAGAGAGAAAGAGAUAGAGACAGAGAAAGAGAAAUGCAUACAUAGAUUAUAUUAAUUUGUACAAUACUCUUGAUAUUUUUAACCAAAUUUCCUUAUCAUUAAUCACAAAGUCAUACAUCGUAUAUCCGUCCAUUUCUAAUUUGGAAGAUUUGUCAAAAAUCUGAUAUUAGGGUUGCAUCUGACAAGUAUCCUUAUGACACGGUACAACUCGAAGAUCACGCACAUUGUUAUGGGUUAGAACUGUCAUACGUCGAGUAUAUAAACACGGUGGGAAGUUUGGAAUCUCAUUACUUGGCUUUUCUCAAAUGUCACAUCCUGUAAGAUGUCUGUUACCGAAGAAAGAAUCCAAGAAUUAAAUAGAAGAUUUUUGGAAUUCAUGAAUAAGUCUGAAAACGUGGAAAACGCUACUAAAGAGAUUUACGAGGAUCUCUUAGACGAAGUUUUAAUGGGUUUUGUUUUUGAUGUACACAGAACCACAAAAACGGGAAGUUCUGACGUUGAAGAAGGUAUCCCCGAUGACGAAUCGUAUGCUAUUGUAGAUUCGCCAGGACUAGAUGUCUUUGGGCAACAUCCAGUGAAAAAAUCUCAAGAAUGUAAUUGUCCGAAUUGUGAUAGGGGUGUAGCAGCUUGCAGAUUUGCAACGCAUUUAGAAAAGUGUAUGGGUAUGGGUCGUAAUAGUUCGCGUAUAGCAUCAAGAAGAAUAGCUAAUAAUUCUAAAGAUCUUAGUACAUUCAGUGGAGUAAUAAGUGAUGACGACGACGAUGUGGAUUGGAGUUUAAAUAAUGAUAAACGUAAGAGAAGGAAGGAUCGUAAUGGAAUGAAGAGAUCGAAACAACAGAAGAACAAUCAAAGAAAUGGUGAUAAUCUUAAUGAACAUAUCCAUAGCAGCAAUGAAAAUUCCCCGUCUAAUUAUGAAAAUAUGUCAUUGGAGGAUAAGAGAGCAUUAUUAACGCAAAUAUGCGGUGUAAUAUCUGAGCACACAAAAAAGCUUUGUACAAGGUCUAUGCGUUGUCCGCAACAUACAGAAGAUCAAAGGAAAGAAAUGCGUGCAAAUUUAGAAUCUGAGAAAAGUGGACAGACUGGUCAGGAUAAUCUUCAUGUAGAUGUGGAUACUUAUGAAGAUAAUGAUGGACAGAAUUUAAGAGAUGCCCUAGCACGAUGGGACAGAGAAGGAUCUAGCCAUUCAAGUCCUGCUGAUUCUACUUCAACCACUUCUACAUCUUCCUUAAGUAGAAAAAGAGAAACAAAAUCAAAGGGAAAGGGUAAAGGUUCUAAACGAGAUCGUGGCUCUCCUAUUUCUCAAGGGGAUUGAGAUAGUGUAUUUAAUUUAUUUUUUAGUGACAUGAACAUUUUCACAACAAAAAUUAUAUAAUAAUGUUCCUACGCAUUGUGCAAAGCUUCAAGGACCUAAAAAAAAACAUUGUAAAGAAAGAGUGUAAAACUAGAAAUUCCUUUGACUCAAUGAUCUUUAGAUAUUUAUAAAAAUAAAUUAAAUUAUUUCAUCUCUCUUUCUCUCUCUCUCUCUCUCUCUCUCUUUCUCUCUCUCUCUCUCUCUUUCUCUCUCUCUCUCUCUCUCUCUCUCUCUCUUUCUCUUUCUCUCAGUUUUUUAUUUUUGUACUAAUGUUUUGUUAACACAUUAACAAUUCAUAAAACUGAAAAUCCAAAAGUGAAACAAACUUUAACAAAAACAUACAAUAAAUUGUUUAUUAUAUAAAAUUAUUAUUAUUAUUAUUAUUAUUAUUAUAAUUUUUUAAUUAUCUCAUUUUCUUAUAACUUCUAACCAACACAGUUGCGUAGGAUAUCGUUAAAAAGCUUAACAACUACUUCUCCAUUAUUUUUAAAUAUUCUUCAAAUUUUUAAAUAAAAAUUCAUCUUAUGAAUCUUGCAAUCAAUGAAAUGUAAAUACACACCAACAAACAUUACAAGUUAAUCCGUAUCGAUAAUAUACAUAUAUCAUUUACUUAAUGUUCAAUUUUGCAACAAAAAUCUUACUUUUAUAAACUGUGCUAGAUCAUUAUUAAUUAAUCAAGAUAUUCUAAUUUGCGAAUUAAAUGUUUGAGGAAGAAUCUUUAAUAAAGGACAAGUCACAUAAAUAAGAAUUCUUUACGAUCGUCUUGAACGUAAUUGAAUAUUGUCCGAAAAAAAAAAAAAAAAAGAAAAAAGGAAAA